CGAACUACAGUAUUAAGUAAAUACCCGUAAGUUAUUAGGAAGUUCCCUCCAAGUUGUUGCUGCUACAUACGCAAUUCAACGCCUAUCGGAACGCCGAACGUACAACAUGACCUUAGUAACGGACGUUGCGUUGACGAGUUUUUCGAAAUUUUGCAGAUCUGGAUACAAUGAGCUUUAAUCAAAAUGUACCGCACAUCCGUUCGAGUUUUUGAUGACAAAAAUACGAGUACAAAUAGAGAAAGGUACGAGUAUGUACGAUACAUAUUUGUACUCGUACCCAGCAGUAGCAUUUCGUACUCAUCUAUUUCUCUAGUUCCUCGCAUUCAAACCACGUGUUGCUUGUUUCCCACCGAGCAAAUGAAACCUGUUGGCGAAACCGAUAAUGCAAACAGAUACCUACAGCGAAAGUGAUUUGAAUAGUAUCGACACGACGUACUACCAACAGGGUUAGAGAAAGAAAGAAAUACACAGUGGAAACGAAUCGUACUCCGAGAACCCAUCAACCGAACAAGUGCCCGUCCUUGAUCCCGAUUAUCAUACGGCAUGGUAAUUGUGGUCACUUUCUGAGUGAAUCACAUCAAACCGAACAUCAUCCUCUAGGUCUUGCCAUCAUCGAUUGUCGAUUUUUUAAAUUUCCCUCUUGUAUUCUUUGGAUAAACGAAACAACUUGGACAGAAAACGAAACGAAACGAAACGUCCGAAGCGAGUCGAACGAAACAAAAGGAAAGGCAUCAAAUCGCAUGCACAUUCUGUUCCAGAAUGUCAACCCUUGCCUCGAAUCGUCAACAUCAUAGCUAUAGCACCAGCAACCGCACCAUCAUCGAUUCUGUCCACUGGUCGAAGAGCAAACAACACAAGACUGGUUGCUCGUUGUCAAAGAGCAGCAAGCAACAACAACAACAACAGCAACAACAACAACACAACAACUACCACGACACCCACUACUCCAACGAGAGCAGCAGCAGCCACGAACCAACAGAAGAUCCCACCGCUCCGCUCUCGACGACGGAUUCGCCGGAAUCCUCCGCAACCGGCCCGGCAGACGAAUCAUCGUUUGUGAGCAUGUCUUCCUCCCUUUCGGCGCUGACCACUCAAACCUUUGUUUCGGGCUUCACCGGGUUCACAACGACGAUCCGAGCCAAACCGUCACAAGCCACCGCAAACACGGGCAGAAUUUCCGGCAUCGGCAACGACAACGACAACCGCUACUCCAACAAUGCGUUGCAACAGCAACAGCAACCACCGACCGCACCGCCACAAAAUUCCUUUCUAGGCGCGACCUUUGGACCUGCGUCGUCGUCCGGUGCUCCACCCGCUUCGUGCACGGCUGGGGAGCGGCAGCAAAGGAGCGAGCGCAUCCUCCGGUUUGCCAGCAAGCGAUUGAAGAAAUCACACGUCGAGGACUAUUACGAGUACAAGUGCCGGAAGAGAAACCCUCACAGAUCCCACGGGAGCAGCAAACACAACAAUUACAACCAUAACCACAACCACAACGACGGAAUCCUUGACGUUUGUCACUCGGAUAUUCAGCUCGACUCGAUCCUGGGAAACGGAUCGUACAACGUUGUCUAUUCGGUGAAGCGCAUUCGAACCACGAGUGGGACCAGCCGAUCUCACUCCCAUCUACAACCGCGAUCCAUCGAUCCGAACACCGUGGUCGUCAAGACGCUGCGUUCGAAACUCCUGAACGACGUUCCGAUGCUGGCCGCGUGCGCCGCCGAUCUGCGCAAGGAGGGCCUCGUGCUCGCCGCCCUCCAGCAGCAGCCGAACGAAGAGGAAGGCAACGAGGGAGCAAGGCACGUCAUCAGGAUCCUGGCCUGGGCGCCGACGGGCCUCGAGGCCUAUUCCAACGGGUGCCACGACGCCUUCUUUAUCGUUCUGGAGAAACUCGAGGGAACCCUGACCGACACCCUCAAAGAAUGGAAGGCACUUGAGGAAUUCCAGCAGCGACGGCGACGAGCCAGGCAGCGACACGAUCGAAAGCAACAACAAGAGCAGCAACAAAUCGAGUCUCUGACCGAAGACAUCGAGUGUUGCUACAACCCUGGGAGACAGAGCAUCAGCAUCCACAACGAACACAACGUUGGCUACGAAUACGAAUACCCACACGGCAAGGGUCACAGCAAACACAAACGCCGAUCCCGGCUAUUGGGCUCGGUCAAAAAUUCCUUUGUCCAAAAAAAGAGAUUCAUCUCGAAGGCCCUGUCGCAACUCCAGCAAAAGCAGUUGCUGAAACAGUACCAUCGAUUCGAGGAAGGAAAAGAACAAGGAUUCGAGCAACGGGAAGACCGCGAGCGCGGCUUUGAUUGCCACUACGAGCACAUCUUUCCUUCUGGCUCGAACCGCGCUCACGUUCAUCGCCCAGAUGUGGAUGCGGACGAGGCCUAUUUCUGGAACGCACGCCUGGGCCUCCUGAUCGAUCUCUGCGGUGCCGUGUCCUUUUUGCACUCCCAGAAGAUCAUCCACCGGGACCUCAAGCCGGACAACGUGGGAUUUGACCGCAAUGGAACCCUCAAGAUCUUUGAUUUCGACGUGGCCCGGAUCCUGCCCCCGCAGGCCGAGGACCCCGACCGCCUCUUUAAGCUCACCAAGAAGGUGGGAUCCCCCCGAUACAUGAGCCCCGAGGUUGCCCGAGGGCAGCCCUACAACGAAAAGACCGACGUGUAUGGCCUCGGCCUCCUGGCCUACGAGGUUCUGAGCCUKAAGCGACCUUUCGAAUCGGUUCCGAGCGGCCGCAGCAAGAACCAGAAGUCCCGGAACCCAAACAACCAUCACAACAACAGCACCGGUGUCUACGAGGAUUGCGUCCCGGUCGUGGUCCGAGAGGAGCAACACCGCGACUCGCAGCGUAUCCCGUCCAAGCGGUCGGAGCGCCGGAAGGGCCGCGUCGAGCGACUGUUUUACUGGGUUCGCAACAAGGACGACCGUGCGAACACCGAUGGAAUCAUACAGCAUCAAAAAGCCAACGGCAACAUACCAAAGGAACCCAUCAACACCGACGACCACAACAACUCUCAGCAUCCACGCCGCCUUCCAAAAUAUGCUAAUCUUCGGCCGCUUUUGCCAGUUGCAACACCACAAGAACUGCUCCACGAAGAGGAGGAGGAGGAGCAGCAGGUUAAUAGCAGACUCAUGUUCCAGAGCAGGGUCGAUAGCAUGCUGCCAUCCACUAGCAAAAACCCAUCUCUAUGGACGCGCAAGUUCCACAAACACGGCCAAGUGUUCGGCAAAAUUUUCGGUAGCAGCCACCACGGUAGUGGUUCUAGCAGUCUAAACGCUGGCAACGGCACCAAGAGCAGCAGCAAGCAACAACAACAGCAGCAGCGGCAACAGCAGCACAACAUCAACGUCGUCGACUUUGAGACAAGGUCGUUCUUUUGGACGCAAUCCCUGCGAACGAUCAUCGAUCGGUCCUGGAGUUACGACAUACCGACACGUCCAUCGGCCAGUGGUCUCAAGCUUUCGCUCCAGGCCGAGGUGGAUCGCAUCAACAACGCUAUAAACGUCCUAGGCAACACGAACCACAAAUCACUCCAAAGCGCAAAGAGCUGCAACAGCGGGGACGAUUACUCAUCUUCCAGCAUUUUCCUCGACGGAGUAUCAAUCACAUAACCUUAGUAAGUUCAUGCACUAGCAUAAUAACACAGUUUAAACAUA